CCUCGACCGGCGCCAUGAAUUACCUCCGGCGCCGCCUGUCCGACAGCAACUUCAUGGCCAACCUGCCCAACGGCUACAUGACGGAUCUGCAGCGGCCUCAGCCACCCCCACCCCCACCCAGCGGCCCAGCGCCCCCUUCGGGAGGCUCGGGCAGCGUGUCACCCGCCGAGCGGCCCCUGCCUGCGGCCGCGCCCAGCCCCGGCCCCGGCCCCAGCCCCGGCCCCGGCCCCGGCCCGGGCCCCGGCUCCGGCUCGGGGCUGGGAGGGGGCGGCGCAGGCGGCUUCUUCUCGUCGCUGUCCAACGCAGUCAAGCAGACCACCGCGGCGGCCGCGGCCACCUUCAGCGAGCAAGUGGGGGGCGUGGCCGGGGGCUCCGGGGGCUCCAGCCGGGGCAGCAAGACCCUGCUGGUAAUCGACGAGGGGCCCACGGAUUGGGCCAAAUACUUCAAGGGGAAGAAGAUCCAUGGGGAGAUUGACAUCAAGGUGGAGCAGGCGGAGUUCUCACAUCUUAACCUGGUGGCCCAUGCUAAUGGCAGCUUCUCUGUGGAUAUGGAGGUGAUUCGGAAUGGAGUGAAAGUGGUUCGGUCCCUGAAGCCAGACUUCGUGCUGAUCCGCCAGCAUGCCUUCAGCAUGGCCCGAAAUGGAGACUACCGAAGCCUGGUCAUUGGGCUGCAGUAUGCAGGCAUCCCCAGUGUCAACUCCUUGCACUCAGUAUACAACUUCUGUGACAAGCCAUGGGUGUUUGCCCAGAUGGUUCGGCUGCACAAGAAACUGGGGGCUGAGGAGUUUCCCCUCAUUGACCAGACCUACUACCCCAACCACAAGGAGAUGCUCACCACAGCCAGAUACCCUGUAGUGGUGAAGAUGGGCCAUGCUCAUUCAGGCAUGGGCAAGGUGAAAGUAGAGAAUCAGUAUGACUUCCAGGACAUUGCCAGUGUGGUGGCACUGACCAAGACCUACGCCACAGCAGAGCCCUUCAUUGAUGCCAAGUAUGACGUCCGGGUGCAGAAGAUUGGCCACAGCUACAAGGCCUACAUGAGGACCUCAGUGUCUGGGAACUGGAAAACCAACACAGGCUCAGCCAUGCUGGAGCAGAUUGCCAUGUCUGACAGGUACAAGCUGUGGGUAGACACAUGUUCAGAAAUCUUUGGGGGCCUGGACAUCUGUGCUGUGGAGGCCCUGCAUGGCAAGGAUGGACGAGACCACAUCAUUGAGGUGGUUGGCUCCUCCAUGCCACUCAUUGGGGAUCAUCAGGACGAGGACAAGCAGCUCAUCGUGGAGCUUGUGGUUAACAAGAUGGGCUUGGCCUUGCCCAAGCCCCGGGCAGCAUCUCCUGGCCGGGGAUCCCAAUCUCAGGCUCCAUCACCAGGGGCACAGGCUGUGGGUCGCCAGGCUGGGCCUCCAGCCCAGCAGCGCCCCCCACCACAGGGGGGGCCCCAGCAGCCCGGGCCGGGACCUCAGCGCCACGGCCCCCCCUCCCAGCAGCGGCCCCCGCCCCAGGGCCAGCCGCUCCAGGGCCUGGGCCUUCAGGCAGCCGCGGCCGCGCAGCCGCGCCUCCCCAGCCCCAGCGGGCAGGCACCGUCGGGCUCCGGCCGCCAGCCGCGUCCAUCGGGCCCAGGGACCGCCCCGCCAGUGCGCACCCCGCCGCAGCCGCAGCCGCAGCCGCAGCCCCCGCAGCCGCAGCCGCAGCCGCAGGCCCCGCAGCCGCAGCCGCCGCAACUUGCGGCGGCCCAGGGCCCGCGCCAGGGCAGCCAGUCCCCGCAGCCGCAGCCACGCCAGGCCGCGCCCACCCGGGGCCAGGCAGCCGGGGGCCCGCAGAGGGCUCCGCAGCGAGCGCCGCCCGGAGCCGCCGGCCCGCGCCAGGGGCCCCCGCAGAAGCCGCCCGGGCCACCGGCAGGCCCCACGCGGCAGCUGAGCCAGGCGGGCCCCCAGGCGGGCCGCCCGGGCCCAGCCGCCGGGCCGCCGACCACCCAGCAGCCGCGGCCCAGCACCCAGGGCCAGGGCCAGGGCCGCGCCCCGGCCGGGCCCGGGCAGCCCAAGCCCCAGCUCGCCCAGAAGCCGAGCCAGGACGCGCCGGCCGCGGCCCCGCAACUGAACAAAUCCCAGUCUCUGACCAAUACCUUCAACCUUCCAGACCCGGCCCCGGCCCCACCCCGGCCCAGCCUUAGCCAGGACGAGGUGAAGGCGGAGACCAUCCGCAGCCUGAGGAAAUCCUUCGCGAGCCUCUUCUCCGACUGAUCCCCCUCCCCCCUCCCCCCCAGGUGUGCCAGGUGUGGCCCCAGGCCUCCAUGGCCCCCAACACCCGGGAUGGCUGUGUCUUUAAAUAUGCAAAUCAUCGAGCACUCCCAGUACCCUCGGACCGGGUGGGGCGCUCCUCCCUCUCUCCCCCUUGUGCGCGUGCGUGUCAGUGUGCCGUCCGUGUGCCUGCCCGUGACCCUCGUGCCGCCGCUUGGCGUGUGUUGGAGUUUCUCGUGAAGCCUGUGAUGCGCGCAGUGAAGCUGUAGUGGCCCUCCCCCCCUCCACUCUCCCGCCCGCCCCCUCCCUCCGGUCCA